AUGUCAGCGCGCACUGUGCGGCGGGCGCACAUGGACUUUGCCCGUCUUAAGGAGCUGGCUAGCCGCGGUAGUUCCACCAUUAGAGCCGUGGACAUGGCCGAUGAGCAAGGAGGCACAGCUAGCGGUGACGCGUUUCACUGGCGCAUUCGCGUUAUGCCACCCGCUGAAAGCGUCUAUCAUGGCACGACGUACGAUAUCUUGUUCACCCUCCCCCAGCAAGAUUACCCGUUCAAGCCGCCAGUGGUGCGCGUUCUUACCCACAUCUUCAACCCCAUGAUAGCAGAAAACGGCGCCGUAUGCGAGGGUCUCCUGCAAAACGAUGACUGGAAGCCAACCACACCUGUCACGGAUGUUGUAGCUCGUGUUGUGAAGGCGAUCUUCCUCGAGUACAGAACUUACGCAGUGCUGAAUGAGAAGGCAGCCGGGAUAAUGUCCACCACAACGCCUGAGGAAUUCCAGAAGCACGUGCAGCGCACGCGCGCCAGCGAUUCAUGCACGUGA